UAUUUAGAACGCUCAAGUCCUGGUUCCACAUCUAUAACACUAACAGAGUAAUCAUGACAUGCAGUUGAUGUGGUUCAUUUUUGUACUGUGAAGUUCAAGUUAUUUUUACAUCCCUAUCUUUUUACCAUAAUUAAACACUUGAACCUGUCAUAAGAAGAUCUUUCAUCACACUUUUAAGCUAAGUUGGAAUAUUAUGAGCUUUUUGAGGCCAAUGAGAAUGACAAAAAAACGAUAUAAGUUUCAGGUGACGCUACAUCUCGAAGAAUUAUGUUCAGUUCCAUUUGUCACUGGAACAAUAUAUUGCAAAGUCAGGCUGAGAGAUGGUGGAAGUUUCACAGACAAUACAAAGAGAGCUGAUGUGCAAGAUCACAGUGUCACAUGGAAAAGCAAAUUUCAAUUUCAAUGUAAAAUGUCAGCAGAUCCAACAACCGGAGUAUUGGAAUCAUGUACAUUACGAAUAUCCGUCAGAAAAGAGUUGAAAGGCGGCAAAGCAUCUGCAAAGGUUGGUCUCGUCGACUUGAAUCUUGCGGAAUUUGCCGGCUCAAAUCACACACCACGUCACUGCUUAUUAGAAGCUUAUCAAGAUAAAAACAGAUUAGAUAACUCAUUGUUGAAGGUAAUUGUUGGUAUGCAUCUGCUUUCUGGGGAUCCAUGUUUCAAAAUACCCACAGUACGAGAUAUACCGCUACCCCUCCCUGAAGAUCUCAGUCAAAGAGAACAUGUACGGGAUGGGAGUGAGAGUAGUGGUUUUGGUAGUUUACCAAGAAAAAUUGCGAAAGGACAUCAUGGCCGACAUCAAGAGGUUUUUGAACCUGGACAUUCCAGAAAUGCAAGUUCUACAAGUCAGCAAUCAAAGCUAUCAGAUUAUGGAUCCAGGCAUUCUCGAACACCAAGUAGUACAAGUCAGGCUAGUUCACCAGGAGUAGAACAACAACUUCAUUAUUCAUUAAGCCCUUCUAAGACUAAAACAGAUGCCUCAACUACAGAUAGUAGUAAUUUUGUAAAAACUGCCCCACCAAGACCUCCACCUCCAAAAAGUUCUCUUUAUCAUCCGUUGGACAUAUCACAAGACAGGAUGGGUGUAACGCGAGUUAGUGCUGAUGAUAUUAUAAACAAAUUGAUGGAAGAUCAGGAUUUUACACACAACACUAGCGCAGAUGAAGAAGAUGGCCUUCGACUUUAUGUCUCUAGCGACGGGAAGACAGCACUGGGAGGUCAAAGUUUUUACAAUCGCGGUGGCACGAGCAUGUUCCAGCCUGUAGUUAUUAAUCCAGAUACACAAACGAACUAUAAACCGAUUUCUGAAAACUCUACAAAUAGAUGAUGAAAAAUCAUGAAAUGCAUCCUUUAUUUUUCUUACACCUUCCAUGAAGCAAUCACAAUGCACUAAAAUAUACUUAAUAAAUAUCUAGUAAUUUGUUAUAUUAUAUGUCAUCCUAUCUGUGAGAAUCAAGAUUUUUACUAAUUAUUUUUUGAUUACUUUAAAAGUUAUCAGCACUUACACUGUGGUAAAUCUACAGUGAAGGAAACUUGGUUCUCAAAUUAUUAAGAUUAUAACAGUGCAGUUGUGAAGAGUCCAAAAUAUAAUUUUUAUUAACAGUUCAAAACAUUGCUGAAGCUAGACUUUCAAUGUGUGAAAUGCUCACGUUCUUUACUUGAUAUCUUAUCACGAAUAUCAAAAUAAUUAUUAUUUUCAGUGGAAUUUUGCUUACAAUUUCAUUAUAUCUACACAUCAUAUAGUUGUGAAAAUUCUCGAUUUUUGGAUUUGUGGUGUUCUUAAAAUUGUCCCAUUUUUAUUUCAUGAUUUCUUGUUGUUCUUAAGAUAUUUAAAAAAAAUUUAAACAGAAAUCUUUUACCAAUCGCAUGGAAAAGUAAUAGGUGAUAAUCUGUACCUCAAUAUUUCACAAAUAUUAAUUUUUAUCUCAGUGAAAUAAUAAUAUUUUAGCAUUGGCUACAUAAUUUAGUGAUAGUCAUAUAGAUCUUGAUUCUUGCUAUGGAAUAUGCUAAAAGCAACAACUCAGUGCUUCAUAUUCACAAUAUUAAUACAAUUGUUAAAUGUCUUUAGUCGCAAUGUAAGGUGUUUAAUCAUUUCAUAUGUGGUUUAUUCAUAUUUUACGCCCAAGAUCACAGCAUGAAGUGCUGUUGGGCAAAUAUGCCUAUCAUUGUCUAAGCUCCAAUCAUUAGAAUAUUUGGCCAUAUAAAUUUAUCCAUCUAUUGGAAGCUAGGAAAUUGAUAAUACAUGUUACAAUGGCUUCAGAAGCUAAUAUUUGCUGGUGAAACUAACCUUUUGAGUUAUAGCACGGGCUGUGUAUGUCACUGCCUAUAUAUGAUGUUAUAUAUACUUUCUUUGCACUGCUUUUUUUCCCAAAGACCGAACCUUGUAAUGGUCAUGACGUCUUCCACUAUCAUGGUGCUAUCACGUAAUUCUUUAACCAUAUUCAUUUUCUGGUGUUUCCUCAAGAUGUAUGUUUUAUUUUUUUUCUAGUAAAUAAACUUUACCUUCACUAA